UACAAAUGCCAAGAGACUGCCGCCACAGGCUUCUAGAAACCUUCCUCAUUGAAUUUCCCGGCAUCACAACCUUCUCCGUUUGGGCAAAAAAUGGCAAGAGGGUGAGCGGGAGAGUGAGAGAGCUCUGAAGAUCUUCUAGGAUCGAAAUUCUACAAUGCUCUCUACAGGCGACAUCCUCACCCUUGUAUUCGGCAUCACAGCUACAUUGAUAGCAAUAAUCACCAUUGUGGUAACGGUCAGACUAAGCAAUCGCCCCCCGAGGCAACAAGAUGCCGAAGUGCCUCGCCGAGAGCAAACCACCGCAGGGCAAGAUAGAUUAAUACUAUCGCUGAUAGAAUUGGGGAUUCUUUAGAUUAAUAUUUUUACUUAAAAACAAAAUGGGCUGACUCGGCAAGGGGAUCAUGGCGUUAAAUGGGUAUGAAGCAGUUGGUUUUGGCAUCGAAGGGCGAGUAAGAUCAAAAAUAGAAAGGUCGCACCUUGUGUCCUCUCCAGAGUGGACCCUGUCGAUCACACUCUAUUGCAGAGUGACCGGCUAGAGACUCUAUCCAGAGCAGUGGGGCUGAAACGGUCAGUUUCAACAGGAUCCUUCGACCAAGGUCGGCACCACAGACCAGAACACAUUAGAAUAGAGAGGGGGUAAGACGGAAACGAGACUUGAAGUACUGUCUGAACACUGCCUGCCAAGUACUAAUUAAAUUAC